CUUGCUGGAUAACGCUGUCUGCUCUCCUUUCUGGUUACACUUUUGAUUACUCAACUUAAAAAGACACAUCCGAUGGAAUCAAAGAACAACAAUCUGGUUCUGGGUUUUGUUGUCUUAGCUGUCUUCUUAGUCUCAGGUGUCAAAUCUUGGACUGGUGAGAUUCAUGGAAGAGUUGUCUGUGAUGUUUGUGCUGAUUCUUCCAUUGGCCCCGAAGAUCAUGUUUUGGAAGGUGCUGAGGUUGCUGUUCUUUGCAUCACAAAAUCCGGGGAAGUGGUGAACUAUCAGGCUUUCACAAAUGCUAAGGGGAUAUACACAGUGGCUGAAACAAUGCCUGAGAGUGACCGGUGGGAUGCAUGCUUGGCACGACCUAUCAGUAGUUUCCAUGAUCACUGCAACCAUCUCGGGGAGGGCAGCACCGGAGUCAAGUUCACCUAUAAUCGUCCAUCAGGUUAUUUUCACACUGUCAGACCUUUCAUAUAUCGACCCACAAGUGCCCCGACCUACUGCAUUUAAAAUGUUAGUCAAUGUGUAUGCUUGAGUUGCAAUCAUGGAUGUCUUGAUAUCGAAAAGUGCAUGUUUCUAAUGGUUCAUCUUGUUCUAUGCUGUGGUCUCUGUGACAAGCUAAGAUUAUAUAUGAACAAAGAAUUAUAAGUACCUUUAAUUGA